AUGUGCCGUUUUCUGGAUACGAGACGAGGUCAGAACAACGCAGAUGGCUUCGGCAUAGGCUUCUACACCGACCCUAAGCUGGGCUCAGCGCCUUGCCUUUUCACAUCGACCAUUCCCGCCUGGAAUUGCACCAAUCUGCAGCGAAUCGCUUCAAAGACCGCCUCCCGCCUAAUCUUUGGCCAUGUUCGUGCCACGACCGAAGGUUCCCUAAGCGAAGACAACUGCCACCCUUUCACACACGGUAGUCUGAUGUGGAUGCACAAUGGCGGUCUGGGUGGAUGGAAAUACAUCAAGCGUCGCCUGGGCGAGCGUCUCGCUGAUAAGUGGUAUCUGGGUGUCAAAGGCGGAACGGAUAGCGAGUGGGCAUUUGCCCUCUUUCUCGAUACUCUUGAGCGACUAGGCCACGACCCAAGCGCUUGCCCCGAAACUGGCUUUGGUCCGACUAUUCUUCGAGAGGCUAUGAAGCGCACGAUCGCGCAGAUCAACGAGAUGACCGAUGCGAUUCCCGAAAGCAUUCUGCAGAACGAGGACGUCGAUACCAGAAGUUUGCUCAACUUUGCUGUCACCGAUGGUCAUAGCGUGAUCUGCACUCGAUACAUCAGCAGUUCCAAGGAUGAGGCGGCCAGCCUGUACUAUUCUUCCGGAACUCAAUGGACAACACGAACACAAUCUGCAAGUGACAAGCAAUACCAGAUGGAGCGCAAGGAUCGGGGCGCUGACAUUGUACUUGUUGCAAGCGAGCCCCUGACGUUUGAGAGAGAGAAUUGGGUCAAUGUACCAACAAAUUCCAUCUUGACAAUCCACAGACAGACCGUCAUGGUCCAUCCAAUAAUCGACAAGUACUACGAACGUGAUCCUCACCACGUUCGCUCCAGUGCAUUUGUGCAGGCCAAGGGACUUACAUCAAACGAGAAGAACCGAAGUGACGUCGCUAGUCCUGCAGGAGUUGAUCGGCAGCAACAGGAGCUUGAGGGUUACCGCAAGAUGAUGACAAGCACUCUCAACUUUGGCCCACCUAGGAGCCUCAGUCCCGAUAUGUGCCGCCAAACCAGAAAGGUAGCAGCUGUGUGCGAGUCGAUACCUGUGCCUCAACCAAAAGCACAGCCUCCACGUGCACAGACAACCCCUCCAAACGAACAAGGCAACAAACCAGCCCCAGCGCAGGGAAACAUCAAAGUUAAGAGACGAUCUGUCCAGCUGCUGGAUGGCAAUCACGGCCAAAGUUCAAACGAUUACGACCAGAUCUCGGAUACAGAAGAGCCAGCCAGGGUAGACGUGCAUAAUCCUAGAAAGCUUUCGCGCACACGCACUGGCAAAUGGGGAAGUAUAUGUGGUGGUGAUGACUUCAGAGGCAGCGGGUUGCUCUGUGGUUACUUCCAAACGAGCCUGCCCUCAACGAUGACAACCGAUUCAACUGUAACCAAGGCACCUACCUUACCCUACCUCAACUGCCAAAGGACGUUUGGCGUCAAGUCGCGAAAGGCGCGAGUGACACUGAACAGCGAUAUGACUUGCGGUGUCGCCAUCAUUCGGUACGAGCAAUGCAUGCACAGGCUCCUCUUCAAGGUCGGAUGCAGUCAAGGUUGCAAAGAGCUCUGCCCCCCAUCGUGUCAAAGAGUCCUCGUCGUCACUAGCUACCUCUGGCUCUGUGAGGACUGCCACAGACGUGAAUACACCACAGAACUCGUCCAGCGAUGCCACAAAUGGACAAAUCUUCAACUCGGAGUCCCCCUGGACUAUCCCCCUGAGCAACAGAACAUGUUGAGCAUCGUAUUGAAGAACCGCGAGUGCCUCGACAACGUGUUCCGCGACAGUGCCCGCGCCAUGAAGCUCGAGGAGAUCCAGUGGGUGGCAGAGUGGACGUAUGAGUAUGGCCUUAUGCUGUACGAUGUAACGGUUGCGAGGAAAUGGGUUCGAAGCAAGGCCAUGAGGAGGAUAGACCAGUUGAGGAGCUUGCGUCUUUGGGAUCUUGUCGUGAUCAAAGAUGGACUACGAUGUUCUAAGGAGCUCUUCGAGGACCAGCCAGAGGAAACCUACUGGACGAUCAGUGAGCAAUUCGCCGAGCAACAUUAUGACCGAGCAAGCGAGAGACAGCUCCCUAAGCCAAGUCGACCACAGCCCCCCUUGUUUUUUGAGAUUGAGAAUACACAUACACCUGAGACAAAGGAAAGCGCCGAGUCCCCUGACAUGAUGGACUGGAUCCAAGAUGGCGAGGAUGAUGAUGAUGAGGAGGAGCCUGUAACUGAGCAACCUCCGACAUCAAAGCCACUCCCUGACGAACAACUCCAUGACACUGUUACGACAAAUGACUACCCACGUCUCGCUGAGUCGGUAGUUGCACCCUAG